AUGGAUAAUGAAGGAUUAUGGUUUCUUGGGUUUUUUGGUAAAGGAUCGCUUUCUAGAGGAGUACCUACAUGGUGGAAACGACAUCACCAUCCCAAAGGAGUAUCCCAAGAAGGUCUGUACUAUUGCUCUGAUCUGACUCAUGACUACUAUGCUAACAUGGAUGAGGGAACAGGCAUUGCUAGCCAGAAAAGGGCACAUGCAAUGGCUGAUGCCAGAAUGACCAUCGUAUCUGAAACCAGUUCAGAUCCAGAAAUGUAUAUACUCAUGAUGGAAGAAGCUGUAUAUCUUGUUGUAUGCGAUCAAAAGUUACUCCAAGUGAGGGGAAGUCAGGGUAACAUUUUGACAAUCCAAGAUCUAUGGCAACAAUGCCGAUUAGCAAGACAGUCCAAAGCAACACUUGACGCAAGUGAAUUUGCCAUUCAAUUUGCAGUGUAUCGUUAUUAUCAAAGUCAAGGAUGGAUUGUCAAGAGCGGACACUUGUUUGGUGCUGAUUAUGGUAACACAUUGUUGGAUUGUGUGAGUUGGCAGAUUCUAACCUUUUAUUUAGUAUUGUAUCGUGAUGGUCCCACUCGGAAACACAGCGAAUUUGGGAUGUUGCCAUUGGCAGAUGGAAACCAGAAAAAAGCAGGAAAUAAACUUGACAUUUUAAAUCUUAUUUUUAUAAAUCAACUGUUUAACAAUCUUCAAUUUGCAGUAGAAAAACGAAGCAAAUAUUCGGCUAUGCCAGACAAGGCAGUUGGUUUUGAAGGGGUUGAACAGGAUGUGGUUGGUUCUGAUACUGUUGUUGAGGAUGAAUUGGAUGAACAGCGAAAUGCUCUGAAUCUGCUGUUGACUGUGACCCUUCCUCGCAAUAUCACCAGCACUCAUUUGAUCACCCGCAAGUCAGUACUAUCGCAGCUACUUCGGAAUCUACAGCUACCUACUGCUUCACUAUUAGUGACGGAUCAAGUAUUACUGCACAUCUUCCAGCAGCUGGUUUUAACCGUUCCCCGUUACCAAGAUUCACAUUCCGUCAAAGCAGUCUUGGAUGUCAUUUCAGCUGCAUUUGCCAUCAGUCAUGAACGAUCAAAACAUGGUGUAGAGUGUUCAGUGUUGCUGAUUGCAGUCAAGCUUCUUUCCAAAGAACUUUCAUCGUCGCUUUACAUCAAUACGCUGUUUUCUUUUUCAAAAUGGACUACAAUUUUAUUGAAAUUGGCUCUCAACGCUUCACUAAACUCAGAAACAAGUGAUGCUACGGUUGUUGGCGAGAGUGAUGAUCUGACUGCUUUGUUUGCAUCUUCACCUUCCUUUUGUGCACUACUCACUUUGCAAGUCAAUAUUCUAGACUGGAUAGAAAGCUCUGCAAUGGCUCACAAAGGAAAAAAUAAACUGCACUUUGCUGUAAAUGCCACCAACGCAUUGACUAGAUCCAUCAUUUCUUGCGGAAAGCUUGCUCCUCGGAUGAUCAUGUCCACCACGCUUGCUUCUGCUGCAUCAGAUGUCAAGGAUGCAAGCAAAUUUACUCUUUUCAUUGGUGUUUGUAUCGCGGCUUCUAAAAAACUGCAUUGUCAAGCAUCUUUGCAACGGUUUAAAGAUCCCAUUAUCCAAUUUUUUACAAAGCAUAUUUUGGUUUCAAAAACUAUUGUUCCUACUCAUCAUUUGACUGCUCUACGUUCAUACAUUGCCGACUAUGUUGAUGAAGAAACCUACACAUCUCAACUGUUGACUGCAUCGGAUAGACUUUUACUGAGAUCUCCAGAGGUUGCCAUCAAAGUCCUGGAUUAUUUUACUCGGUUUGUAGAGUUUGACGUGGGAAAGAUGUUUAUAGAAAAGUUUGCAGACUCACUAUUGAACCAGCUCAAAUCCACCAAUGAAACCAUUCGUACCGAUGCCAUUGCUUUUUACAAUACGCUACUGCAAAAAACUGCCGAUACGAAUGAUCUCAUUGCCGUUGUUGAUAUCAUUUCCAAGGCAAUGACUGCCAAAUCUCCAUUGCCCGAGCACAGGGUUUUAUACUACUUCCUGCUUAAUGACGUGCCACAAACCUCUUUGGCUGUUUCUGAAAAAAUUAUUCUUGCUAUUCCUACUUUACUUGCCAAGGAAACCAAUGAGCCUGCACUUGCCGCUGCGCUUUCUGCAUUUGGAACUCAUUUCUCCGCGUACAUUUCCAGCAGCGAAUCUAAACAAGACAACAUUACUACCGGAGCUACCUUUUUAAUUAAAGGAAUCAAGGAUGUCAAGAGUACUGUGCGAAGGGCUUAUUUGUAUGCCAUCAAGGCACUUUUGAACUCUUCAAAAGAUUUGUUCAAACUCGGCACAAAUCUCUCCUGCAUCAUUACAGCACUGAUCACUUUGGCCGAAAAAGUCCAGGCGGCUGGAAUUGCACUUUUGGAUCCUAAAAAGGAAACACCAUUUUUUGCUGAAGCGUGUAUGUCUGUGCAGUUUAUCAUUACUACAAUGCAGCAGUCCACUCAUGCCAAUGGUAUCAGUAUCAAUGAGCACCUUGAAAAAGCCAAUUUUUUUGAAAACAUUGUUGCACUCUCAUCCUCAAAAGCAUUCUUGUUCAAUGAGCGUUUCUAUAGCAAACUACUUAUAUCUAGUGACGAACAACUUUCAUUUUUGGAGAUUAUUACUGCCAUUUUAUGCGAUCAUUCCUUGUAUGAUGCAGUGGUCAAAGACCAGAAUGACAUGCGUGUUUUUGCCAAUGCAAUGGUAUGGGUUAUGGUAAACAGUGCCGCACCUAUUCGUCACCAGGCAAUUUCCCGUUUAACUGUAGCUGUUGCUAAUGAUGCCAAGGUGCUUGAACGAGCUGCUAUUCUUGUUCGAUUGGGACUAGGACAUGCAUUGACUGGCGGAUCAAAUAACACCGCUACUCCUAUUUCAUCCACCAAAUCAAUAUCUAGUCUUGAACCCGUUUUGAAUAUUUGGAAUGAUAAACCCAACUGCUCUUCUGCUGAGCUUGCUCAGCGUGCAUUGAUUGCUCUAUACUCAGUGUUACCCACAACUCCUGCUGAAUCGGCCAAGUCAGUAUUGGAAUCUGCCUUGUUGGACUUGGCAGUUAUUGCAUCUUUACCCAUGAUGGUGCAUAUUCACGGUGCUGAUCUUUGGGUACGACUCUGUUUUCGAUGUGGGCUUGACCCACGUAGUGUUCUUGAGUCAAGAGCCUCUACCCACUUGACCAAAUGGCUUGAAUCUACUCACGAAGAUUCAACUAUAGGUGGAAUCGCAACUACUUUUCCUACGGCUAUUCGGACUGCUACUAUGACCUGCAUGCGACUCAUGACUGAAGUGGCUGCAGAUAUUGUUUUGCCCAUUGCUCUUCCUUAUUCGCUGAAUAUACUUUCAGAUGAAAGUUUGGAUAGUGUUACAUCUACAGAUGUACUGAUUCACGCGACUCCAUCGAACCAAUUGUUUGAUGAUCCUAUUGCUAAACGACAGGCUUCUGCAAAGAACAAGGCCAAUACAGGAGGUCAUGGCACAGCAGAAGACAAAUGGGAGCGUGAAUUAAAGAAGGAAAUUGAAGCUAAGCGAGUUCAAUCCACGUACGUAUCUCCACUAUCCAAUCCCAAACUUUCCAAAGCAGACCGUGAACUCUGUAUACAGCAGUUUGCGCUUGAGGCUGGCAUUCGCGCUCAUGUGGAUGCAGUACUUAUCAAUGUGACGUCUGCUUUAGAUGUGCUUGAGGCUGCACUCGAGGGAAUCGAAAUGUCGAUUGGCGACGAGGCUCGCGAGGCCUUUGGUAGAUGGACUUUCAAAGUAUUGCAAACUUUAAUGAUGAUCAUUCAUCGCGAAAUGGUUAACGCUAGUGCAACUAAAAAACAGCCUGUUAAUGCAAGAGGCGUUCUUGCUGGAUCUCGUGCUAUUGCAUUAUAUUUCAAACUUGUUCAGGUUGCGUUUGGAGAUGUUGAUAUUAACGAUCAAUCUAAACUGGAUGGGCUUGGAGAUAAAGUUGACAAAAUCUCUGGUACUCAACUUGCUGCAUGCAUUUUAAGGUGUAUUGGUGUUGACAACAUGGCUGAUUAUAAUAUUCCAAAGCAGCUUUUGUCUAGAUCGCUUACUGAAUCAAUUCGCAGCAUUCUUGAAUCUCUGCCAAUGGUGUACUCUGCAUACAACACCAUGGAUGCAUCGGCAUUUACUGUAGUAUUUCCCUUGAUUGAAUCUGUAAUCCAUCGCCAAGGUUGCAUUGCUCAGAUGAAAGAAAAGACUCACACAGAACUUGUAAUGACAAGCUCGGAUGUUUUGUUGACUCAUUGUGCUAUCGAAAGCAAUUCUUGUGCUGUUCCUCGCCAAAGUAUGGCCAAAUGUCUUGUCAAACUAUUGGAAGAGUUUCCUCGUCUUCGUACUGCUGCUCGUGGUGGACUAUUGGCUUUGACGAUUUCAGCCGCUCAAGAAGAUGACAAUAUAAUGCAUGAAGAUGAUGAUCUGGUUUCAGAUUCCGACAAAAGCAACACGGCUGAAAGUGUAACAAAAGUACUUCUUGAUGGGUUAUUGUCAAACGAAGCUGUUGUACGAGAAAGCGUAUUGGAAGGACUCGGGCAUUUAUCUAUACCUGAAUCUAUCAUGCCCAUCUUUGAUACCUAUAUAUGGUUGACUCGAUCCGACUCGCUGGAAGUUAUUCAAGCCAGUGCGAUUAAAUUAUGGGAGGAUGUACAUGGAGCUGAUGCAGUCAUUUCAUCUGACUUGGUUCCAGAUCUUGUUGGACUAACUAUUCACUCGAGUAGAGAUAUACGGUUGAAUGCUGGUCAAGCCAUUUGCAAAGCACUUUGUGUUUAUACGGACAAUGUGCAAGCAACGUUGGAUUUAUUGUAUGAGCUAUAUGAGAAAAAUAUUGCUGAUCCAUUGCCUGAAUACGACAGCUAUGGCAUGGUGAUUCCCGAAUCGCUUAAUAAACCUGACGAGUGGGAAGCUCGUAGCGGUAUUGCUCAUGCGCUCAAGGCAUGCGUACCAGUGAUUGUCAGCGAGACUGCCAUUCAAUCAUUAUUUGUGUUUCUAAUUGACACGGAAGCUCUUGGUGACCGUAACUCGACUGUUCAAAGAAGUAUGUUGGACGCUGGUCUGGCUGCCGUGAACAUGAAUGGAAAAGAACACAUACGUUCUCUUUUGGACAAGUUUGAUGCAUAUCUGUCACGUCCUGCAAAGGCAGAUGCAAUCCACGAUCGUAUUCGCGAAGCCAUUGUCAUUCUUUUGGGUACUGUUGCUCAGCAUCUUGAAGCAGAGGAUCCACGUAUCCCAGAGGUUGUUGGAAAGUUGAUUGAUACGCUUCAAACACCAAGCGAGCUGGUCCAAGUUGCCGUAUCUGAAUGUCUGCCACCAUUAGUCAAGGUAAACAGGACCGAUUUGCCAAAAAUAAUUGCAGGAUUAUUGGAUCAGUUGUUCAAUGCACCAAAAUACGGCAUGCGUCGUGGUGCUGCCUAUGGUCUUGCUGGUAUUGUCAAAGGAUGCGGCAUUGUAUCUCUCAAAGACUUUAAUAUCAUGUCAAGUCUUAAACUUGCUGUCGAGGAUAAAAAGAAUGCCACAAGGCGUGAAGGUGCACUUUUUGCAUAUGAAACGCUAUCGUAUACCCUUGGGCGAUUGUUCGAGCCCUAUAUUAUUCAGAUUCUGCCUUAUCUUUUAGUCUGUUACGGUGACAGCAAUAAGCAGGUUCGUGAUGCUGUUCAGGACACAAGUAGCGUGAUCAUGUCCAAACUAUCCGCACAUUGUGUGAAGCUUGUGUUGCCUAGUCUUUUGAAUGGACUGGCCGAUAAAGCGUGGCGAACCAAAACAGGCAGUAUUGAAGUAAUGGCAAGUAUGUCUGCUCUUGCACCCAAGCAGCUCAGUCAGAGCUUACCCAUGAUUGUGCCAUCUAUCUGCGAUGCCUUAGCUGAUUCGCAUCAAAGGGUGCAGGAAGCGGCCAAGAGUGCACUUGUACAAUUUGGCAACGUCAUCAAGAAUCCUGAAAUUCAAGAAUUGGUGCCCAUGCUCAUUUCUGCUCUUGUUGACCCAAACAGCAAAACCCACGCUGCACUGUCUGCACUGCUUGAUACAACGUUUGUGCACUAUAUCGAUGCACCUUCAUUGGCGCUUUUGGUGCCAAUUAUUCAUCGUGGAAUGAAGGAGCGAUCGGGCGAGUCUAAGAAAAAGGGGUCGCAGAUUAUGGGCAACAUGUCGACACUUACUGAUCAAAGGGAUCUGGUGCCAUAUUUGUCUACAUUGGUUCCAACAUUAAAAGAAGUUCUUGUUGAUCCAGUUCCGGAAAUCCGUGCUACUGCAGCUAGUGCAUUUGGAAGUAUUAUUGCUAAACUUGGCGAAGAUAAUUUCCCAGGGUUGGUUGCAGAGCUAUUGCAAACACUUAAAAGCGAUACUAGUCCUGCAGAUCGUAGUGGUGCAGCCCAAGGUCUAAGCGAAAUUCUAUGUGGUUUAGGAUUGGAUAGACUUGAGGCUAUGUUGCCAGAGAUUCUCAACAGCACAUCAAGCAAUCACGCAUAUGUCCGCGAAGGAUUCAUGAUACUUUUGAUGUAUCUUCCAGCUACAUUUGGCGAGGCAUUUACACCUUAUAUUGCCAUGAUUAUUCCUGCAGUGUUGCAAGGUCUUGCGGAUGAAGCAGAAACAGUUCGUGGGCAUGCUCUUCAUGCUGGUAAAGUGAUUGUACGCGGGUAUGCGAAAUCUGCCGUGAAUCUUUUGCUGCCUGAACUUGAACGUGGACUGUUUGAUGCCAAUUGGCGUAUCCGACAAAAUUCGAUGCAACUGCUGGGUGAUCUUUUGUUCCGUAUUGCUGGUGUAUCUAGUAAAAUCGACCUAACUGACUCGGCUCAAUCUGGCGGACCUGUUGACCAGGAAGAAGGGUUGGGCACUGAGCAAGGACGCCAGGCACUCAAACUUGCACUUGGAUCAGAUCGAUAUCAAACUGUUCUUGCGGGAGUAUAUAUCAUUCGUGGUGAUUCAUCAGCAAUUGUGCGACAGACUGCAUUACAUGUAUGGAAAUCCAUUGUAUCGAAUACACCACGUACACUCAAAGAGAUUCUGUCGUGCAUUAUGAAAAUUUUGAUUACUAGUUUAGCCAGUCCCAAUUUAGACAAACGCGGGGUUGCUGCACGAACACUUGGUGAUCUUGUUCGUAAAAUGGGUGAAGGCAUUUUGGUGGAGAUUAUUCCCAUAUUGGAAACUGGACUCGAAAGCGAUAAUGCUGAUAUGCGUGAAGGUGUUUGUGUUGGCAUGACAGAAAUCAUGGCAACAGCAGGCAAGACUCAUUCACUGGAGUUUGUUACCUACUGUACGCCAUUGGUAAAAAUUGCCUUGGUUGAUUCAAAUGCCGAAGUCCGUGAAGCUGCUGCUCAAACCUUUGAUGUGUUCUAUCAACAUCUUGGCAACAAAGUCAUUGAUGACAUUUUGCCAAGCUUGUUGGCCGAUUUAAAGGUGGAUAGUACAGGCUAUGCACUUGAAGCAUUGAAAGAAUUGAUGGCAGUAAGAAGCAAUGUCAUUUUCCCAGUUUUGAUUCCAACCCUGAUUGUGAUCCCAAUGACUAAAUUCAAUGCACAGGCUUUGGGAAGUUUAAUUGGUGUUGCUGGAUCGUAUGCGUUGAAUCGCCGAUUGCCAGUUAUUUUACCUGCAUUGAUGCAAGGAUUGCAUCAAGGGGAUGAUGCUGUAGAAGAUGUUCGUGAUACACUUGGUAUACUGAUGCAUUCUAUUGAUAGCAAAGAUGGAGUACAUUCAGUACUUUCGCUUCUGCUGGACGAUCUACGUGAUGGAGAUGUUGCUACUACCAAACAGUCAUGUGCUGAAGCUUUGACGUUGCUGUUUGAAGGAUCUAAAGCUGCAUUUGAUGCCUAUAUACCGGACGUGUUGCAACUUCUUAUUGGGUGUCUAGCUGGUAGCGACGGACAAGAAGUGAUGCUGUCCUGUUGGCAAGCAUUGGAUGCAUUAGUCAAACGCAUCAAAAAGGAUGAUAUGGAACGCUUUGUCCAUAUUGCUCGAAGAGGUAUUCGCGAUGCCGAACUAUGUUUAUCUGUUGGUGAAGAUAUUCCUGGAUUCAAUCUUCCCAAAGGCAUAUCACCACUGCUGGCCAUCUUUUUACAAGGUCUCAUGUAUGGUUCGAUUGAUGCUCGUGAACAGUCUGCAUUGGGCCUUGGUGAAAUUAUCAGCCGUACAUCCGAAGUAGCUAUUAAGCCAUUUGUUACACAAAUCACCGGACCACUCAUUCGAGUGAUUGGUGAUCGUUUCCCACCUAAUGUAAAGUCGGCCAUUUUGCAAACCAUGGCAACGCUUUUGCACCGUGUGCCUGCCAUGCUCAAGCCAUUUUUGCCUCAACUUCAACGAACGUUUGUCAAAUCUCUGUCCGAUGCUUCUUUGGAAUCCUCUGCAAUGCGAAACCGUGCAGCCAAGUGUCUGACGCUGCUGAUACCUUUACAGGCGCGUUUGGAUCCAUUGGUUAUUGAGCUGGUUCAGAGUUUGAAAUCUGGCGAUGGUGUUGCAGCCUCUACGCCUGGUCUUUCUGCACCUGCAUCUGGUGCAAGCUCUGCAACCAUUCGUCUUGCCAUCUGGGAAGCACUAUACGGUUUUAUUAUCAGUGUAGCCACAGACAAACGAGAAAUGAGUGAAGCGAGUAAAACUGCAAUCCGAACUCUUUUACUCGAGGGUAUUGAUAUGACUAAAUCUACUUUGGAAAGUGUAGCUGAAAGGGAUAUUGGAGAACGAGAAGCAGCAGCCAAAUGCUUUGGUGCAUUCUGUCGACUAAUUAGUAUUUCUGAUGCUUGUGAGCUUAUCAAAACCCAUUUGAUAGCGAUUGAAGCCAAUGCAUCUAUGCAUAUCCGUCACACGGUUCUUGUCUACAUUUUGCGAACAUGUAUAGACGCACCACAAACUCUCAUGCAUGAUUUUGAGCUGGCUGUUUCCAUCAGUCAGAUGGCUACUCGAUCACUUGUUGACGAUAAAUCCGAAAUCACUGAUGCUGCGGUGUACCUAUCACAGAAGCUUGUGGUAGAGCCGAAGCUUGUCGAGCAUGCUGAUGGCGUGGCGAUGGUUGAAACGCUGAUUGAUGUGUCACUUCCUGGAAUUCGAUCGACAGAAACUCGACGAGAAGCCAUUAUAGCACUUGAAAGUCUUGCUAAAAAGUCAUCCAAGACACUCGCGCCAUUUAUGAGCAAAUUAGUUCCAGCGUUGAUGGUCAAUGUUCGUGACAGAACCAUCCCAAUUAAGCUUGCUGCAGAACAAUGUCUUAUCCAUGCAUUCCAGCUUAAACAAGGAAAAAACAUGAAAACUCUUGAAACGUAUUUGGCUACGUUGGAUGGGCCCAGUGCACGAUCCAUUGGAGAUUACGCACGCAGAGUUCUUGUCAAGAUCAGCGAGCGAGAUAGUCAUGAUGACGAUGUAGUGUAUUGAUUCAACAAUAAACAAGCCAGGGUGUAUUCCUGUAGCAGAUUUGAUUCCACAAGAUAAAAAGG